AUGGACUUCCCGGCAAAAUCAAGAUUCACAUUCAUCUCCGACUCCCGGGGGCAGGCUGCUCAAGAAGCGAUCAAAGUCCACGUCUUGCGGCAACGCGGAUGGCGGAUUCAGAAAAGUAAAAGUGGCUCCAAGCAUCGUGCAACAAAGCGUGGGACGCUAGGAGGUGAGCUUCUGCUGUGGGAUUUUAAUCCUGAACCCGCAAAAGACCACUUGCCUCCUGCUCUCAGUGUGCCGCCAUCUCCGUUGGAGGAUUCCGCUGUCAAUGUGCCUGAUUCGACUCAGCAAGUGGCUUCAUGUGGUCAUUCAAGCACAAAUCUGUCAAGUGCAGAUCUUCUUUCAAGCCCUCUGCCAGGCGAAACGGCUGAAUCAACAGAGAACGAAACACAAUUGGUUCAACAACCUUCCACACCAGAAGAUAUUGUCAUUGAAUACUAUCUGUAUUGCAAUGGCCCUUCCAAGGUUCCGCGAGCAUUCCUUGCUAGUUUCCGAAAGAGUAAGGCAUCAUUCAGCGCCUUUCUUGCGGCAUCCUCCUCGGUCUUCUCGUAUCAACGAGGCACGGAACCUCCAUUGGAGAUCGAUGUUCUAGAGAACCUGGCUGUACGUGAAGUCAUGGAGCAGCUAGCGGUGUCACCAUCUGCACUGAGUCCUGGAACGAUAGUGGCUGUAGCUUUGCUCGCCAAUCUCCAGGAAUGGCGAAAUGAUCCCAGGCUGGCCCGCUUGCACUGGAACGGUCUCAAGCAAAUCAUUGACAGCAACGGCGGCGUAAGCCAUCUCCGAGUCCAGGAGGACAUACAUACAUUCCUCUUUUGGGUGGAAGCGCUUGUAUGCAAUGGCGAAACUCUGCCUCUUGGUCAGACAUUGCCAUCCUCCACCCACUCUGAGGAGGGGCAGACGCUCUUGAAGGAAGAGCUAGCUGCAUUUCUAGAACGGAUCAGCAGCCAUAUGGCAAGUCUCGACCCCGGCUUCUGCUGCUCGGUGGUUCCAUUACCCGAUGCAAUUACUGAGGUCCUCCAUCGGCCAUGCCCCAACCGAGCCGAUCGUUAUCUCUUUGCCAAAUGGCAGAGAGCGAAGCUUGCAAGCCUCUUCUACUUUGCAGCUCUAUCCUUGCAGAGCUCCAUGGGCAUAGCAGACAGCUAUGUGCUGCAAACUAUUAUAACAGAAGUUUCGCAGCGGGGCAAAGAAAAUCCAGUUUGUCCUCAGGAGCUCUACCACAUCAUUCUCUGUAAAAGUGUCCAGCCUCACCUUUGCCACCUGAGUUGGUUAGUCUCCAGACUUAUGUGUGCCUCCAAACGACUAGAGCGAAGAGAUCUUAACACCUGCUAUCGUCUUCUUUCAGCCGCCGUCGGCUUUUCAGACAAGUCAGAGACGCUGGACAUGGUCUUGGACGAAUCGCGCUGGCUAUCUUCCCAACUCGCAUCAAGAGAUUUCAUGCAGACCUUUCCCGAGGUGGCGGAGUGA